CAAACACCACAACAGCGCAAGGCGAACGAGAAGUUCAAGAAGUCGCAGGAUGCUAAGCGUGGCAAGCCGGCCAGCGAGAUCAAGAAGAAGGAGGACUUUAAGAGCCCGAUUAGUCCCCUUUGGUUGGGUCUCCUUGGUUUCGUGGUCUUUGGCGGUCUGAUAUUCGAGUUGCUGAGCCGGAUCUUCCUCCGGUGA